AUGACUAUUGCUGCAUAUGCGUAUGAAACAAAUGAAGCAAGAAGAGCACAUGAACUAGUAAAUGAAAACUCAACUUUAACAGUGGAAGGCAAUGAUUUAGUCAUUGACGAUGGAAAAACUAAAAAAGUCAUUGAUUUCGAUACUUUUAACACUUAUGACCCAUUCAUUACAACAAGCAAGGUUCCCAUCAUAAAUGAUGGAACGGUGCAAUAUAUAAAUUCAACAGUAGAUGCCUCAUUAGUGAAAGUACUGAAUGUUCUCAUUGAAUUGUUAAAGAGCUUCCGAUUUGACGACAACAUUAAAUGCUUAACGAAUUUAGUCAUGAAUGAGAAACAAAUUCUCGGCGUUGCUGGUAGCAGUAAUGAUGUACACCUUAUGACAUUAGAAUAUUAUAACGAACAUAAAGAUGAACUGAAAGGAGAGAAGGGUGACACUGGAGCUCAAGGACCACAAGGACCACAAGGACCUCAAGGCGAAAACGGUUUGGAUGGUGAAGAUGGAAAGGAUGGAAAAACUGCUAAAUCAUGGAUAUGGAACCUUAUAAAUACUGGUUUAACAGCUGGUUCAUAUGGAGUUCUUCAAUACCAAAUCGGAAAGAUAUGGGCUGUACUUGGUGAAGAAGCUUUAGAUGACGUCAAAGAUGCUUUGAACUUCAUUUCAAAUGGUUCGGAUACUAUUAAAACUUUAUCUGGUUGGAUGCAAGAAACAAGGAGUCAAAUAGAUACUGUAAGACGUAUAGCAAACAAUGCACGUACGGGAUUGGAUACUUUACGAGAAGCACAAAAUACACUAAAGGAAGCAAAUGAUAUUCUUGGCUCAGUAUCAGACAUGCAUGAAGAUUGGCUUAAAGGUAUUGACAAAUCUUUAAAAAAUCACAGUCAGUCUAUUGCUGACUACAAGAAAAGUAUAGAUUUUUUACAUAGUGCUAUGGACGUACAUGAUGGAAGCAUAAGGAACUUACUUAAUGCUAACAAUAACUUACCAGGAACUAUUAAAGCAUUUAUAAAGUCCUUUGUAAAACCUGGUGCUCUAACAUUUAGGUCUUUGAGAGCAAGAGCAUUGAAGUCAAGAGAUGCAGAAACUCCAACAGAACCUACAGAAGGAACUGAAACAACAGAAACUCCAGAAGAACCACCAAAACCAAC